AUGAUCAACAUCACAGACUUCUUCCCAGCACAUACGCAGAACCACCUUACAGCCCAAGAGAGAAUGCAAAUCGACUCUUGUGCCGUUGGAUCAAGCGUUUUACUACUCAACCUGCCCUUCCGAUAUGUACUCGACACCGAAACACGGCCUUCGUCACCGACCAUGACACCAUUGAUCUCAUCAUCAGAGCAUCAGCUAGAAAGCGAGGAAUUGAAAACGUCGUUUAGAGGUGAUCUGUGGGCAAGGAUCCAGAUCCGAUACGCGCCUACGAUCCGACAUGUUCAGUCUUUAUUCCGAUGUCUGCAUCUCGAUCCUGGGUCGACUCAGGGCAAGACCUUUGGCAAUGGUGGUGGUGGUGGUGAUGGUGGGGGGGAUACUCAUGAAUCUGUUGUUCCUUCGUCUUCAACCGCCACCUCAGGAGAAGUUGGAAGAUCGGUAACCCGGCCAAUGCCGACGUUAGUGAUCCUGUUGGGUUGUUUUGGCCACGACCGCAGUUUGGAGACUCGACGGUUCUCGAUGCUGGAUAUCGUGCCUGCUUUCGCCGGUCUUGGGACGUUUGAUGAGAGGGAGUAUUCAGUUGAGAAGGUGCGCGAGAAGGAUGAGUCCGGGAGGCGUGCAAGGCAAGGAGGUGCUGAUGAGAGGAUGGGCCAUUGGGAAGGACAAGUAGAGUCGUUCGCGCACAACAGUAACGAUGAUGGUGGAGAAGAAGAAGAGGAAGAAAAGGUUCUGGAUGCGGAAGAACUUGAGGAACUAGAGUACAUCCGGAUGAUUGCCAACACUAUGGCAGAAAUCAAGGAUAGUCUUACUUGGCUCGAGCGUACUUCGGGACGCAAGCCAGAGCUGUUGAUCGUCGAGGAUACAGGGCAAUACCAUCCAGAUCCCUCGCAGCUUCAGGCAUCAUCCAGAUCCACGGCCACUCAACCGCAGCAACAGCAGCAGCAGGAGACAAUGAUGAUCCCGACAGUCCGAGAGCUCUGGCUACAGACCGUCUUGGGGUUCUGGGUGGACGCCUUCAUCAAAACAGAGUCGUUUUCGUCUUCCCAAGUGCAGCAGCAUCAGCAACAUGAACUAACGAGGGAAUCGUACAGACUCUGGCUCAGGACACAGGAAAGUCUCAGUGCCGCGUUCACAACAACAGCCAUGACAGCGUCACAGCCCACUUGGGCAGAGGAAGGUGGGCGUCUGUCCGGUGCUGGUGCUGGUGCCACUGCUACUGCUACUUCUAUGGGAGCUGUCCUGGGAGUCCAAUGGUACUUUGACAGCACAGGCGAUCGUGUCCACUUUCAAGUUGUGCCGUGA